CGCUCCGGAGGAAGAAGGAUCUGUGGAAACUGUGGAAACCGGAGGACAUGCGGCGUCUCCUGCAAACUUCACCCGAAAGUCCCUGAACAAAGACCUCGAGGGACGAGAGGAGGAAGAAUGAAGUGGUGAGGAAGAGGAGGAAGAGGAGGAGGAGGAGGAGAGCCGUUCACUCCCAUCGAUCCUGCACCGAGGGCGGCUGUGGUAAAGAUGCAGACUGCUGCGGCUGCUCUGGCUCUGAUGGUCCUCUUCACCCUGGACGGCCUCAGUGCCCAGCGGUCCAGACCCAGCACCCAGAACCAGGAGGACGGACACACUCAGAACAACGAGACAGAACCGGAGCAGAAGAAGAAGAAGCAGCCGCACAUCAUCUUCAUCCUCACAGACGACCAGGGCUUCAAUGACAUCGGCUACCACAACCCCACCAUCAAGACGCCCACUCUGGACAAACUGGCGGCGGAGGGAGUGACGCUGGAGAACUACUACGUCCAGCCCAUCUGCACGCCGUCACGCAGCCAGCUCCUCACGGGCAGGUAUCAGAUCCACACGGGACUGCAGCACUCCAUCAUCAGGCCCAGCCAGCCGAGCUGUCUGCCCUCGACCAUGGACACGCUGCCCGAGCGGCUCCGGGAGGCCGGCUACACCACACACAUGGUCGGCAAGUGGCACCUGGGCUUCUACAGGAAAGCGUGUCUGCCGACCAGAAAGGGUUUCGACAGCUUCUUCGGUUCUUUAACAGGAAGCGUGGAUUACUACAGUUACGGGUCGUGCGACGGCCCGGGCCUGUGCGGCUACGACCUCCACGAGGACGAGGGCGUGGCCUGGGGUCACGAGGGGAAGUACUCCACCACGCUGUUCACACAGAGAGCCCGGAAGAUCCUGGAGAGCCACGACCCGGCGGGCAGGCCGCUCUUCCUGCUGCUCAGCCUGCAGGCCGUCCACACCCCCCUCCAGCCUCCGAAGUCCUACAUCUACCCCUACAGGGACAUGGCCGACGUGGCCAGGAGGAAAUACGCCGCCAUGGUGUCCACGGUGGACGAGUCGGUCCGGAACCUCACCUACGCCCUCAGGAAGUACGGCUACUACAAGAACAGCGUCAUCAUCUACUCCACGGACAACGGGGCCCAGCCGUUCACAGGAGGCAGCAACUGGCCACUGAGGGGCCGCAAGGGCACGUACUGGGAGGGGGGGGUCCGCGGCGUGGCCUUCGUGCACAGUCCUCUGCUGAGACGCAGGAGACGAGUCUCCAAAGCUCUGCUCCACAUCACCGACUGGUUCCCCACCCUGGUGGGUCUGGCUGGAGGAAACAUCAGCCAGAGUCGAGGCCUGGACGGUUUCGACGUGUGGUCGACCAUCAGUGAGGGGAAGGAGUCGCCUCGUCAGGAGAUCCUUCACAACAUCGACCCGCUGCACAGAGCGCCGGCUCAAACCAUGAAGUGGGACGACGACACCGACGGAGACUCAGGAGGCUCAUCGAAAGGUCGGCCAUUCAAGAAGCUGAAGAAGAAGAAGAAGAAGAAGAAGAUUCUGAAGAUGCGACCGAAGCAGAAGUCAGCGUUCAAGCUCAAGAGCACAAAGAAACCAAAGUCCAAACUGAAAGUUAAACCAGUCCUAAAAAAGAAACUUAAACCUAAACCUCCGUCCAAAGUCUACGCUCAGCAUCAGUCCGAUCACAGGUUCAAGUCCCGCUCCGCUCGCUUUCCUCCCGCGUCAGGAACAUCUGACCCCAAGUCUCAGCCUCGUGUCCAGCCUCCUUUAACACUGAAGUCCAGACCUCAUCUGGACUUCACAUCCCAGAAGCACAACUCGGGUUCAUUUCAGACUAAAUCCAAGACUCAGCUCAAAUUACAUUUCAAGUCCAGGUCCAGGAGGACGGGGUCCCAGCACCUGAACGAGUCCCACUCUGGGACGUCCCCCCCCACCUCCCACACAACGCUCCAGCUCGACCCUGAGCCCUGGCAGACCGUGUGGGACUUGUCGGUCCAGGCUGCCAUCAGGGUCGGAGACUGGAAGCUGCUGACGGGAGACCCGGGUCACGGAGACUGGGUCCCGCCUCAGGUUCUCCCCGCCCUCCCUGGUCGCUGGUGGAACCUCGAACGCACCUUCCCGUCCCUCCACAAAUCCUCCACCCACAAAAACAUCUGGCUGUUCAACAUCACCGGCGACCCGUACGAGCGGCAGGACGUGGCGGACCAGAGGCCAGAUGUGGUCCAACAGCUGCUGGCUCGGCUCGCCCACUACAACCAGACCGCCGUGCCGGUUUACUUCCCGCCCGACGACCCUCGAGCAAACCCCAGUCAGCACGGCGGCGCCUGGGUGCCCUGGGUGGACGAAGAGGAGGAAGAGGAGGGGAAGUAUCAGGGGGUUUACAAGAAAGGGAAGAGCAGCAGCAAGAAGAAGAAGAAGAAGAAGAGGUGCCGGCUGUGCAAGCUGAAGUCCUUCUUCCUGAAACUGAACACCGGGAUGACGUUCAACCGGAUCUGAGCCCCCCCCGACAGGAACGUGACUUCAGCACUUUGAACUUUUUGUCUCGUUUAUUCUGCUGCAUUCAGUCGACGUCUUUCAAGAACUUUAUCUCUAAAUAAUGUCAUUUAAAUGUAGGAAAAUCAUUGACUAUAAACAAAGAUGGCUGAUCCGCAUGUUCUCACUUUCCUAAAAGUGAAUCAAAGACUCCCAGGAUACGGGCGCAGCUGCAUCACCGCCACCUGGUGGACUGAAGUGGAACAACUUGUUGUAGCCAUCAGUUGUAUGACUUUUACCGCAGCCGGCCACCAGGAGGCGAUCCAGAUGAUUUGGCUUCACUUUGAGGAGCCGUCAAGUAGAAUCCAGAUGUUAUCGUGGAAUAUCUUAUCUGAGAUUUUUUUUUUUACAUUUCAAUUAUAUUGUUCAUAAACUGACAGAGUUCUUGAAACAAGAACCGACUUUGUGCGAUUGUAAAAUGUAAAUUUACACUGUAAACGAUUAAAAUGUGUGAAACAGAAAGAAUCAUUAAAGGGAUAUUGUGAGUUGAUGUUUACUGUAAGUUCCAUAGAUCCACAAAUCCAGAUGUUCAUAGUGACAGUGCAUGAUCCUGAUGAUGUUAAAUCACUAUGUUGUUUUUUCUUUUGUCAUGAACAAGAAAACAUCACAGAGUAGUUUAUACAUUUUCCAUGUUUUCACUUUAUUUCCAGUGGUUUCAGAUGUUUUUCUACUUUGGAUUUUCAGUUAUUAUAAUGUGAUGGUUUUCUAUGUGUGACACAGGCCUUCAGAUCCUGUGGUUGUUUGAAUGUAUCGUUGGUGAUGAGCAUCUUUCUGACCUUUGAUCUCCACACGUCCCACUGUGAACAGCAGAAACUGCCAUUUGAACGUAUAUAUCACAUUUUAUGUAAAGUAAUAUUUAGAUUUUGAAAUUCAAAGAGUUUUAAGGGUCAAGUUGAGUCACUGAGGUUUUGAAUUGUUCUAAGAGAUUAUCCGAAGAUGUCUGAACCCAGUGAAAUAAACCAACAGGUAAAUAAAA